AUGAUCUUAGUAACAGAUGAGAAACAAAGCCCACCAGUGUUUCAAAGGCUUUUUGUUUGUUUUGAUGGUGUGGCUAAGGGGUGGAGGGAUGGCUGUAGGAGAGUUUUGUGUGUUGAUGUCUGCUUUUUGAAAACCUUCCUAGGUGGACAAUUGAUGGCAACUAUUGGGAGGGACGGGAACGAUCAAAGGUUUCCGGUGGCAUGGGCCGUGGUUGAAGGGGAGAAUAAUGCAAGUUGGGAAUGGUUUAUGAAUGAAGUUAGAAACUGUUUGCAGCUAAAUGAUGGAAGUGGUUUGGCAAUAAUAUCUGAUGAGCAUUUGUCCAUCCUUGCUGCUGUCAAGAAAAUUUUGCCUAAUGCAGAACAUCUUCAUUGUGCAAGACACAUCUAUGCACACUGGCACAAGAUGUUUAGAGGAGAUGAAUUCAAACAACUUUUCCGGAGGGCUGCAAAGGCAUAUAAUGAAGCAUAUUACAAUGAUGCAUUGGAGGAAAUGAAGAAGGUAAACCCUGAUAGUGUGGAUGCCUUCAAAAGUUACAAUCCUAGGUUGUUUUGUCGGCGUUUCAUGAACACUGACACUAAAGUAGAUGUGAUUGUAAACAACCUAGCAGAAACUUUCAAUGGAUACAUAAUAAAUGCAAGAACUAAACAUCUUCUAUACAUGCUUGAGGAGAUUAGAACUGCACUAAUGCAAAGGUUACCACUAAAAAGGGAUGAAAUGGCAAAGAGUCCUGGUUCUAUAUGUCCUAGGAUCCAAUUAAAAUUAGACAAAGCUAAGGCAGAAGCUGCUAAUUGUGUAGUGGUGCCAUCAAUUGCUACUCUUUUUCAAGUUACAGAAAAAAUGGAUGUCCUAAAUGUUGAUUUAGAUGCUAGGAAUUGUACUUGUGGGGUGUGGGCCUUGACUGGAAUUCCUUGCCAACAUGCAGUUACUAGUAUUUUCAUUUGUCGUAGGAAUGCAGAGGAUUUUGUAGCUCACUGGUACACAAAAGAAACUUAUAACCUCUCUUAUGUAUCAUCAAUCCCACCUUGUGUUGGUGAGAGGCACUGGCCUAAGGUAGAUCUGCCUUUGAAUCCUCCACCAAUAAAGAUUGGCCCCGGAAGACCAAGAAAAAAUAGGAUAAAGGAUCCUUUUGAGGAUCCUAAAAAACCUGGUAGGUUGACUAGGCAUGGAUUACAAAUGACUUGUUCAAUAUGCAAAGAACCAAACCACAAGAAAAGAAAAUGUCCAAACAAAGACAAUAUUCCUCCACAGUUGGGUGAUGGUCCUCGGCCAAGAAAAAAAAGGACAACUGGUGUAACUGUGGGUCAAGGGAGUCAAAUAGGUGACUCCAAUGAUGUUCUCAAUGCCACAGCACAACCUACAAGGACUAGCAGAGGUGGAAGAGUGAUAAGAGGAGGUAGGGGCUCUAGGGGUGGUAGAGGGAGAGGAAAGGCCGCAAACACCUCUGGCAAGGGAAGGGGAGGUGGAAGAGGAGGUGGUGCAAGAGGAGGUGGAAGAAAUGGCAGGGGGCAGAGGGCAUCAUGUAUCUUUUUAAACUAUUUCUAG